AUGGAGGGCAAGCUAAAAGCUAAGUUGGAUUUCUUCCUGCAGCGGAUGAGGGAGCGAGGCAAGGCAGAGGCGGUAUUGGAGGAGGAGAAAGUGGCGGAGGAUGAUGAAGAUGAGUCUGAUAGCUUCGGCCUCGUGGCCUUCAAAAUUUCGCCAUUGAGGACUGUGGUGGACGUGGAGUUCGGCGUGGGAUCUCCUCCAAACGACUUUCUCCACUUUAUUGACAUCGCGAUGGAGCUUUGUCGUGCCUGCAUGCGAGGCCUUAUUUUGAUUUACGUUGAACGAGACCAGCCAUCCGGCGCUUCCGAGUAUUCUCGCCGGAGGCCUCGUUUCCUCUGCCUUCACGGUUUUCGCACCAGCGGCGAGAUCAUGCGGUCUCAGGUUAUGGGGAAAUGGCCUAAGAGUGUCACCGACCGCCUCGAUCUCUUCUUCGCCGACGCACCGUUCUUCGCCGGGGGAAAAUCUGAAGUCGAAGGCUUAUUCGAUCCUCCUUACUACGAAUGGUUCCAAUUCAAUAAGGGAUUCACGGAGUACAUAAACUUUGAUGAGUGUCUUGCCUACAUCGAGGAUCUGAUGAUUAAGCAUGGUCCGUUUGAUGGGUUGAUGGGAUUUUCCCAGGGGGCGGCUCUCUCCGCUGCGCUGCCAGGUCUCCAGGCGAAGGGUUUCGCAUUGAAGCGCGUGCCCCAGGUGAAGAACGUGGUGAUAAUUGGCGGGGCAAAGCUUCCAUCACCCGUUGUGGCGGAGAAGGCGUUUGGUGCCAAGAUAAAGUGCUCUUCCCUCCACCUCAUUGGAGAAUUGGACUUCUUGAAGGAACACGGUGAAGCUCUUUUGGACGAAUUUGUAGACCCCGUUGUACUUCGCCAUCCAAGGGGACACACGGUCCCCAGACUUGACGACAAGAGCCUGGAAGUGGUGCUUGGUUACAUAGAACGCAUCGAGCAGAAUUUGGAUGGAACUGAGCUUUCUCUCUCUAACUGUGAGGAAGCCAUUGAAGUUUGAUAAUAAUAUUGAGCAUGGCUGCAUUGGAACGGUGGCUUCAGUUCUUAAUUGUGUUGCAUAUAUACACUUUAUAUAUAUACCUUGGUUACAGUAAAUGAAUUUAUUAUACCAUACAUGGAGCCAUCUAAAUUAUCAAAAUAGUAGGUGCUCCAGUUGCUCGGGUUGGAUAAAAUUGUAUGAUUUCCACAAAUGUGGACGUGCUUGAUAUCUGUUUAAAAACCUGUUAAAGGUUUCUGUACUGUUACUAUUACUAAGAUACAUUUCUUAAUGUUAUAUUAUGCAAUAUGCAUA